AUGGCCAAAGCUUUCUUCAGGCUACAGAAGUUUCUCCGUCGGACCCAAUUUCUACUCUUCUUCCUCACAGCAGCUUACCUGAUGGCUGGCAGCCUCCUGCUGCUGCAGCGGACCCGGCUGGUUAUCCAGCAAGGUUCACGUGGGACCUCUGCCAGCCAGGCCCUGCCAGUGCCAGAUGGGAUGGCUGGGGUUGGGAUCAUAGAUCCCAGGACGCCGCAAAACCCCCGCCCUGGCCCCCGGCUGCUGGUGGGCAUGGACACAAUGCAGGAGCCAGGCCUGGAGCAGUGGCACAGCCCUCAGUGGCUUGUGUCCCGCAACUCAGAGCUCCGGCAGUUGAGAAGAAGGUGGUUUCACGGGUUCAUCAGCGAGCAGGAGUCCAUGCAGACAGCAGGAUUUAAAGCAAUGAGGCACACUGCAGAACACAAAGGCACCUACAUGGGAUGCUUCAGUGACGAUUCGAGGGAGAGGACACUGAAGGGAGCUGUGUUUUAUGACUUAAGAAAAAUGACAGUAUCUCACUGUCAGGAAGCUUGUGCUGAGAGGGCUUACACCUACGCGGGCCUGGCGUACGGAGCAGAGUGCUACUGCGGGAACAGGCUGCCAGCCGCCGCCGCCAAGCCCGAGGAGUGCAACAGCGAGUGCAAGGGGGAGAAGGGCUCGGUGUGCGGAGGGGUGAACCGGCUCUCUGUCUACAGAGCAGAGGAGCCACGGGCUGGAGCCAGAGCACGGAGGAAUGUUAUCUACCGAGGAUGUUUUAGAGCUCCAGAAAAUAUAACAGACAUCUUUCCAGCUUCUUUGAUACAGCCCAAUUUGACGGUGGAGAUGUGUUCUGAAUUUUGCUCCAAGAAAGAGUUCCCCCUGGCAGUCAUCCACGGGCGGCAGUGCCACUGUGGAUACCCCACUGGGCGCUUCACACUGCACGACGGCACCAACCGGCUGCUCUGCAGCCAGAACACCAGCAGCGAGGCCGAGGGGAAGUACUGCCUGGUCUAUCAGACACCGGUGCAAGACACCCGCUGCACAGACAGGAAAUUCUUAACCACAAAAUCCAAAGUGUUUGUUGCUUUGUCAAGCUUUCCUGGGGCUGGGAAUACAUGGGCUCGCCAUUUGAUAGAGCAUGCCACAGGAUACUACACGGGAAGCUAUUACUUUGAUGGAGCCCUCUACAACAAAGGCUUUAAAGGAGAAAAAGACCACUGGAGAAGUAGAAGGACCAUCUGUGUGAAAACACAUGAAAGUGGCAAGACAGAGAUUGAGAUGUUCGACUCGGCGAUCCUGCUGAUAAGGAACCCGUACAAGUCGCUGGUGGCGGAGUUCAACAGGAGAUACGCGGGACACCUGGGCCACGCCACCGCGCGCACCUGGCGGAGCAAAGAGUGGCCCGAUUUCGUGAACAGCUACGCCUCGUGGUGGGCCUCCCAUGUCCUGGACUGGCUCAAGUACGGGAAGCGCCUGCUCAUCAUCCACUACGAGGACCUGAAGGAGAGCCUGAUCCCCAAGCUGAAGGAAAUGGUGGAGUUCCUGAAUAUGACAGUGUCCGAAGACCGACUGCUCUGUGUCGAGAACAACAGGGAUGGGAAUUUCAAGCGGUCUGGUGCUAAGCAAAAGGAUUUUGAACCAUUCACCCAGGAGAUGAAAGACCUUAUCAACAGAUACAUCCUGACAGUGGAUGAAGCCCUAAGGGGAAGAAACUUCACAGGACUUCCCAGAGAGUAUGUGCCAAGAUGAUAGCCUGGUAGCACUCAGCUGUGUUUAAAAAUAAA